ACGGAUGGAGUACUACCUGUUCCUAAAUGUAAGACACUUUUAACUGCAAAAACAUCUUACAUUUAGGAAUAGAGAGGGUGUACGUAACAAUGAUGCACCACUUGCACUGUUAAGAAACAACCGUUCAUUUUAAGAAAGGUCUGCGUGGAAUCAUUACUCGCACAAAUACAAAAUGAAUACUAAAAGCUUAAGUAUGCUGAACACCGGCAUUGACAUUGUCACCCGAAGCAACAGACCUGAUACUCAGUUGAUGUGCUAAAGAAUCACUAGCCUGAAACGAAGCAGCUAAUAUCUGCAGCGAUGUCAUAGUCCCUUCUUUUUGGUUCCAAAAAAAGCUUAUCAAUAUUUCGUUACAGAUGUAGUUUAACAUAACAUUUCGAACUGCUACUGUCCAGCUGCUUGCAUGAGCUGGGACUUGGCUGAAUCCAGCAAAGACUUCGUCACCACUGUUGUCAAUAGAAAUGAUCUGGUCCCAUCUUUUGGCAAGGUCUCAGCCGCUGAACUUCGUACAAAGGUACCCCAUAUGGCCACAUAUUUUCAUAUAGUGAUGCGAAUACGAAUGAAAUCUCUAAAUUUGUGUGUUCCUUCGUCCUUCCAUAGCUAAAAUGCAAUGAGUUGGUUGUCUCUCUUCUAGUUGUUUUUUUUUCAUUUUGUGGUGAACAACAGUAGGUGGUUAAAAUAAAAGCAAAAAAUGUGUGUGCUGUAAACACAAUUUAUUAGCGCAGAAGCAUCAUAGAUCAUACGUUUGCAUUCGUUACGGAAUCUCUGCAGGUUAUGGCAUCAUCCUGGGCACCUGGUCUCCAGGAGCAUAUUCAGCAGAAAAGAUUCCUGAGUUUUAUAAACCACUCUGUAGACCUCAUGCGAUCCUACAUUCCUUUUGUAUCCAGUCCAAGUUCUAAGGUUGCAAAUGUCGAUAUGCUGCAAUCUUGGACUGCUGAGGUACUAGAUUUCUUUUUCAGACAUAAAAAGAACUGGUGAUGCAACAUCAGAGGUUCAUUUUGUAUUUUAUCAUGUGCCGAGUUAAUUUGGCUUACAAAUCCAGGGUGAGAUGAAGCAUUCAGAGGGCGUGCAUGAAGUAGUGAAGAAACAUUCUGCCCUAUCCUGCUGGCCAUAUGUUGCUACAAAGAGUCAAGCUUUUGAUGAAGCUGGGAAAGGAACAGAUGGAGAACACAUGGAGCAGCUCCUGGAAGCCCUGCGAUCACCGUCGAGUGCCUCUCAAGCACCUCGGCAUUGCCAGUUGUACCCCCCAGGAAGAAUCAUGCACAUGGUUGCAUUGCCAAAAUCAGAAGAGCAAGGCAGCCAGAGUGAGGGUGUUGCCCUCUACGAGACCCCUCGCGACAUGUACAACAAGAUCCGACUCGACAGAUCGAUGAUAAGGGACCAUUACAUGCCUAGGUACAUUGAGACGAUGGAGAUGCUCAUCGACAAGCUUGCAGAGGAUGACGUGCCUCCCAGUGACACCAACGGCAUCCGGUUGGACUAACUUUACAAAUAAGGUACUAGCCACGCCUUCUGAGAGAUUUUGUAGGAAAUCCUGUAUGCGAUGAUGUUAAAAUUUUAACUGCUAAUUUUUUUAACUAAUUGCUCGGUUGUUAUUUGCUUGUUUGAUGUUUUUCUAUAUUAUAGUGUAUGUAUAUAAAUAUCAAGCUGGUACGGACAAUGGAGAGUUUCAUGAAGGAAAGCUUUAUGGUAUGAAAAAGUUAAUUCAUUUUACAUAAGGGGAUACAUUUUGAUAUUGCAUACUACAUUUCUAUAAUUCUAUUUCUUCGGUAAUUCAUAUCAUCCCUG